AGCCACAAGCGCUCGCCUCGCCUCGCCCGGCGCUCGCAGAGUCGCAGUCGCGCACACCACGGGAGAACGGGGCCGUCCAAGCGCUGAAACGAGCGCGCGGCGCGGCGCCACCACCCACAUCAUCACAGCCCCGGAGGCCCCAGCCCCCCACCCACCCAGCGCCACGACGCCCCCACGCCAACGCCACACCACGCGGACCGCAAGCCGCGCGGCAGCUGCUCACAGCCAGCCAGGGCCUCCACCCUCCUCCUCUCCUCCUCCCCCUCCCCGCGAGCGAGAACACGACGCGAUGGUCUCCGCCAGCACGCCGCCGCCGCUGCCGCCGCCGUCCGACGCGGCCGGGUCGGGGGAGGACGCCAGCAAGAAGGUGCGGAAGCCGUACACCAUCACCAAGUCGCGGGAGAGCUGGACGGAGCAGGAGCACGACAAGUUCCUCGAGGCCCUGCAGCUCUUUGAUCGUGACUGGAAGAAGAUAGAGGCUUUUGUUGGCUCGAAGACUGUCAUUCAGAUAAGGAGCCAUGCACAGAAGUACUUUUUGAAGGUUCAGAAAAAUGGAACCAGCGAACAUGUCCCACCUCCACGACCAAAGCGAAAAGCUGCUCAUCCAUAUCCUCAGAAGGCCUCCAAGAAUGAACCAAACUAUGGACUUAAGACAGAUUCAUCUUCCGUCCAUAGGAACUCUAGCAUGAAUGCGACUGUUUCUUCAUGGGCUGUUAGUUCCAUCCCACCAGCCGUUGCCUCGUCGAUGGUGAAAGAAGAUUUAGGUCCUGGAACACUGGGUCCAAACAAUUUUUGCUCAAGCAGUACCGAAGGCCCUCCAAGGACAUGCCAACCUGGUGAAGCAAAUGAUCAAAUAAAUCAAGUUCCAUCACUUCGCCUUAUGCCGGAUUUUGCGCAAGUUUACAGCUUCUUAGGUAGUGUUUUUGAUCCAAGCACAAGUGGUCAUUUGCAGAAACUUAAGGAGAUGAAUCCAAUUGAUGUUGAAACGGUAUUGUUGUUGAUGAGGAAUCUCUCCAUCAAUUUGACCAGUCCUGAUUUUGAAGAUCAAAGGAAGUUGCUGUCCUCAUAUAGCACUUCGGAUGGACUUGAUCUAGGGAGUUCCAGGAGUUCAGCUCUAGCGACGAGUACACCUUUCCUGUAAGGAUUAUAGGCGAAUAGUGCUGCCAGGUCUCUCGGCGUAUAAUUUCAGUUUGACAGACCGUCAGGAUGGUGCUCUGCCAUAGCACCGACGAGCAAUGAAGGCGCUUGCACGGUUGCACCUAUGUGCUGCCUGCGCUUCAGGGCUUCGGCUGAAGAUUGUGUAAGGGUGCACCCAUGACCCGUGUACAGUAGGCUUCCGAAAGGUGAGAUUGGUCUGUGGCCUGAUGUGUACAUAUAAUUUUUGCCCUGAAGCGUGUACCCUUUCUAUCCUAUUGCUACCCCAAAAGAUCGGCCAUAUAGGUUCCUGAAUGCUGCUUCAGUUAGUGCUGCUUUAGUAAUGGAAAGAGCAAUGGGAAUUUUGAGUAUGCCGGUUGCUCCCUUUUCCCUCCGUUGAGUUCUGUUACUGAUACCAGUUUGGUUUUCUGGCUGCCAUCUGGUAUGGAGCUUCUGCCGCCUGUGGCCAUCUCCACCUGAGCAAGCAUGUCUGUAACUUUCACUUGAGGUGAUUAUGGUGCUGUAAAGCGGUUUACCUUCCCCAUUCAAAUGUUUCUUGUUCCUAUGUAUUAUGUAUUUUGCAUCAGGUGUUGCCCGUGUGUAAAAGGGGAAAAAAAUCACAAUGUAAAGGAGACUUGUGCCCUAGCAUUACCAUUUAAAUUCUAUAUGUGUAAAGGCAA